GUGAGAACCCUUGUGCCUCCAGAGUGCAACAUUUCUGCAGGAUAUUCCCUUCUUCUGUGAAUCAACAUGGAUUUGAUUUUUGAAACCUCUGCAUUUUUGGCAAAAUUGUCAUAUUAUUUUUUAGAAUCUUUGGCUUACAAGAUAAUUCCCAAGAAAAAAAAGAAUGUUGCUGGAGAGGUUGUACUUAUAACAGGAGCUGGAAGUGGACUUGGGAGGCUAAUGGCCAUAAAAUUUGCCAGCCUUGGAGCUAUUUUAGUUCUAUGGGACACUAAUGAAGAAGGCAAUAUGGAAACAAGUAGGCUGGCCAAAGAAAAGGGUGGUGAGAAAGUAUUUGCCUAUAAAUGUGACUGUAGCAACAGGGAAGAGGUCUACGCAGUUGCUGAUCAGGUUAAGGAAGACGUUGGUGAUGUGACCCUCCUCAUUAACAAUGCUGGUGUGGUCACAGGAAAGCUGUUCCUUGACACUCCAGAUGACAUGGUGGAAAGAUCAUUUCGUGUAAAUGUCCUAUCUCAUUUCUGGACUUAUAAGGCCUUCCUUCCUGCCAUGAUUAAAGCUAACCAUGGUCAUUUGGUCUGUAUUUCAAGUGCAGCAGGAUUAAUUGGUAUUAAUGUACUAUCAGAUUAUUCUUCAAGCAAAUUUGCAGCUUUUGGCUUUGCAGAGUCUCUCUUGUUUGAAUUAAAACUAGUACAGAAAAGUAAUGUUAAAACCACCAUCGUUUGCCCAUAUUUCAUCAAAACUGGAAUGUUUAAUGGUGCUACAAGCAAGUUCCCACUUCUGUUGCCUUUACUGGAGCAGGAGUAUGUGGCCCAAAGAAUUGUAAAUGCUAUUUUAGAGGAACAAAUCUACUUAAUGAUGCCAAGAUUUAUAUAUUUUGGAAUGAUCCUUAAACAAGUAUUAUCUUCAAAGAUGGUAAUUGCCCUCAUUGAGUACCUUGGCAUAGGUGCUUGCAUGACCUCUUUCAGAGGGCAUGAGAAAGUUCAGAAUGAAACUGAGAAGCAGCACCAAAGCUGAAGCUCAGAUGUGGUAAUAAAAGAACGUGUUAUGAGGACAGACUCUCUGGAACUCCUCCUAAUGUGAAAUCAUUCCAGCGUACCGAGGAUUUCUAAGGCAUUUAAAUGUGCCAACCUUAUGCCCAGGACAUGGUUUACAUAUCAACAAUUAUUCUAGCCACUCAAAUUAUGUAUGCAGUUUUUCCUAUUACUUUUUAGUUUGGUAGAUAAGGACAUCACAGCCAUUCCAAUGAAUUUAGUAAAUGUAAUGUAUUGAUAAAAACAUAUUAAUGUAAAUUAACCCUAAUGUAAUUUUUAAAGACAUAAUACUUUUAGA